AUGGCGCGCACAGCCCCUGUGGAGCCCCCGCUACGGCAUCCCGCGCCCCCCUCGCCGGCCGCGGGUGAGCCCCGCACCUCGGUCGAGGCGGCGGUGGCCCCGCGGAGGGUGCUGUUCGCCGACGAGGCCCUGGGGCUGCCGCUGGCGCAGCUGCGUCGCUACCGGCCGUGGGGCGGGCCCGGGGCGGGCAAGAUGGCGGCAGCGGCCGGGCAAGAUGGCGGCGGCGGCGGGGCUGACGAGGACGACGAUGGCGAGGAUGGGGAUGAAGGGGAGGAGGAAGAGGAGGUCUGCCCCGAGCCCUCGCCGCUGUGCCCCGUCCCCGCUGGCGGGGGUUUUUACCUGGUGCCCACAUUUUCGCUGCCGCCCGCGCCGGGCCGUCUGGAGCGCUUGGGGCGCGUCAUGGUGGAGCUGGAGGCGCUGCUGCCACCUCCCGGAGCGGUCCCCGGGGGUGCCGGGUUGUGGGUGCCUGGGGGACGCCCGCCGGUGCUGCGCGGGUUGGUACGCGUGCUGAACCGCUCCUUCGAGAAGGCGGUGCACGUGCGGGCCUCACACGACGGCUGGGCUUCCUUCUGCGACCACCCAGCGCGCUACGUCCCGCGCAGCCCACCGGGGGCAGGAGCGGGAGGAACAGGAGCAGGAGAUCCCAUCCUGGAUCUGGGUCUCGGCCUGGGCCCCGGCCAGGCGGCCGCCUCCUCGCCCGACGACGGCGGCCGCACCGACCGCUUUGCCUUCCAGCUGCCCUUUGCUGAGGGCGCGGGCGAUGGGGCGCGCCUCGACUUCGUGGUGCGCUAUGAGACCCCCGAGGGCACUUUCUGGGCCAACAACCACGGCCGCAACUACACAGUCCUGCUCCGGAUCGCACCCGCUCCCACACCCACUGAUGCUGAAGGGCUGCCCCAGCAGCAGCAGCUGGAGCCACAGCCUGAGUGCCAGGGUCCCGUGGAGGCUGAGGCCAGGCAGCUGAAGAGCUGCAUGAAGCCGGUGAGGCGCAGGCCUGCUGAGGAGGAGCUGAGGAUGAAGAACACGGAUGAUAACACCCCUGCUGUGGCAGGGCGUCCUGAUGUCCAGGAGUCAGUGGGUCCCCUGGUGGCCCCCACCCCUCUCCGUCCAUGGCCCCAGAUGACGCUUCAGGUUUCUGAAGUUACAAUGACUGGCAACCCCCCAGAAGAAGGUGACAUCCCCAGAAGCAAACCACCUGUGGCUUUUACAGAGGUCCUCCAGGCACCGGCCAUCAGGAUCCCCCACUCCUCCCCUCUCUGUGGCCUGGGUGGCUCCCCCAGAGACCAGGCCUCAGGGCCUGAUGCAAGUGAGGGGGCCACUGGGCCUUUCCUGGAACCCAGCCAGCAGCAGGUGGAGGCCACAUGGGAAGUAUCGAGUGAGAAUGGAGGGGGUCGAAAGGACCCCAUGGUGGGGGCUAUUAUGGAUGAACCCCCCGGGGGUCUGGAGGUCAUGAGCGGGUUGGAGGAGCUGCUUGGCGAAGACACCAUUGACCAGGAGCUGGAGCAGCUCUACCUGUCCCACCUGAGCCGCCUGCGGGCUGCUGUGGCUUCAGGUGGGGGAGGGGGUGGUGGGGAGGGCCCCACAGAUGGCGGGAUGUCCCCCAGCCAUCCCUUGGGCGUACUCACGGACCGUGACCUGAUCUUGAAGUGGUCUGGCCCUGAGCGGGCCCUGAACAGUGCCCUGGCUGAGGAGAUCACGCUGCACUACGCCCGACUCGGGCGCGGGGUGGAGCUCAUCAAGGACACCGAGGACCCUGAUGAGGAGGGGGAGGGCGAAGAGGGGCUCUCCAUCACACCCUCCAGCCCAGAAGGGGACAGCCCCAAGGAAUCACCUCCGGAAAUCCUCUCUGGGGCCCGUUGUGUGGUAGCCACUAUGGGAGAUGUGUGGCUCCCAUGGGCAGAGGGCUCAGGAUGUGACAGCCCUGUGGUUCUGAGCAGAGAGGGUCAGUUCACUGGGGAUCCAGAGAAAGGGAUGGGCAAGGAUGCUGACUCUUUGCACAUGAACAGGGUGAUAGCUGGGGUGACUGGGUCUCUGGGGGAGGCUGGGACAGAUGCUCAGGUGGAGGUCACCACUGAGCAGGCAGGCAGCUUGGAUCCUAUAUCUGGCAAGGAGCCAGCUGCUCCAGUCCUUCUGCUGGGACAAAAUCCCACCCUCGUUGGUCCCUUAGGGGCCGAAGUCUGUCUGUCUAGCAUGGCUAGGCCUCAUGUGAGCUCCCAGGAUGAAGAGGGUGCAGGCCCAAGUCUUGAACCCCCAAAAAGGUCUCCCACCCUAGCAGCCCCUGCAGAAUGUGUGUGUGUAUUGCCUCCCCAGCUCCGGGGGCCCUUGACCCAGACUCUGGGUGUCCUGGCUGGGCUGGUGGUGGUCCCUGUGGCUCUGAACAGUGGUGUGUCCCUCCUGGUGCUUGCGCUGUGCCUCUCUCUGGCCUGGUUCUCGUAG